GCGGUGGCAGCAGCGCGCUCGGUUGUGAGCGAGAGCGAGUGCGUGCGAGCGAGUGCCAUGGCCGGAGCCCGCUGAGAGCCACAAUAGGAGCGAGAACCCGACGCCCACCGGGACCCUCCGCUCGCUCUCCCCCGCGCCAGCCGCCGGCGGAACAGCAGCGCUUCCCCGCCCUGCCCGGCACUGCCUCCCCCCGCGCCCGCCGCUCCCCCUCGGCUCGGCUCGGCUCCCUCCCGCCUCGCAGGGCCCUUCUCCGGGAAUGUGAAGAGGCAGCAGCACCGCAGGCAGCGGGGAGUGCACGGGACUGAGCGGAGCCGCCCGCGCCUGAACCCGCCGCCGACGCCGCCCUGCGCCGGGGAGGCCGCGCUGCCGCCGCCGCCGAGGCCGAGGCCUACAGGGCUCCUGCGCCGCCGCGGCAGCGACCGAGCCCGGCGAGAACCGCACUCGGGCCGCCGCCGCCGCCAGGCAUCGGCCGCGCUCCGCCAAGGCCGCCGCCGCCUCCCUCCGUCUCCGGCUUCUCUACCGGGAGCGUCAAGUAGGGAUAUGUCCUCAGCACCAACUACUCCUCCAUCAGUGGAUAAAGUAGACGGAUUUUCUCGGAAGUCCGUCAGAAAAGCCAGACAGAAGAGGUCACAAAGCUCCUCCCAGUUCAGGUCUCAGGGCAAGCCUAUCGAGUUAACUCCCCUGCCUCUGCUAAAAGACGUUCCAUCUUCAGAGCAGCCUGAACUGUUCCUAAAGAAACUUCAACAGUGCUGUGUCAUUUUUGACUUCAUGGACACGCUUUCAGACCUUAAAAUGAAAGAAUACAAGCGCUCCACUCUUAAUGAACUGGUGGACUACAUUACAAUAAGCAGAGGCUGUUUGACAGAGCAGACUUACCCUGAAGUAGUUAGAAUGGUAUCUUGCAAUAUCUUCAGAACUCUCCCACCUAGUGACAGCAAUGAAUUUGAUCCAGAAGAAGAUGAGCCCACCUUGGAGGCAUCGUGGCCGCACUUACAGCUUGUAUAUGAGUUUUUCAUACGAUUUUUGGAAAGCCAAGAAUUUCAGCCCAGCAUUGCCAAAAAGUACAUAGAUCAGAAAUUUGUAUUGCAGCUGUUGGAGCUGUUUGACAGUGAAGACCCUCGGGAACGAGACUACCUAAAAACAGUCUUGCACAGAAUUUAUGGCAAGUUCCUGGGCCUUAGAGCAUUUAUCCGAAAACAGAUUAAUAAUAUUUUUCUACGAUUUGUUUAUGAAACUGAACACUUCAAUGGCGUAGCUGAGCUGUUGGAGAUUUUAGGAAGUAUUAUCAAUGGUUUUGCUUUACCUCUCAAGGCAGAGCAUAAACAGUUUCUGGUGAAGGUGCUGAUCCCUUUACACACAGUCAGGAGUUUAUCACUCUUCCAUGCACAGCUGGCGUAUUGCAUAGUACAGUUUCUGGAGAAGGACCCCUCACUCACAGAACCAGUCAUUAGAGGUUUAAUGAAAUUCUGGCCAAAAACCUGCAGUCAGAAAGAGGUCAUGUUCCUAGGAGAGCUGGAGGAAAUCUUGGAUGUAAUUGAACCAUCACAAUUUGUCAAAAUCCAGGAACCCUUGUUUAAACAAAUUGCCAAGUGUGUCUCUAGCCCUCAUUUUCAGGUGGCUGAAAGAGCGCUGUAUUAUUGGAAUAAUGAAUACAUCAUGAGUUUGAUAGAGGAGAACUCAAAUGUUAUACUUCCCAUCAUGUUUUCCAGCCUUUACAGGAUUUCUAAAGAGCACUGGAAUCCGGCUAUUGUGGCUUUAGUCUACAAUGUGUUGAAGGCAUUUAUGGAAAUGAACAGCACCAUGUUUGACGAGCUGACAGCCACUUACAAGUCAGAUCGUCAGCGUGAGAAGAAGAAAGAGAAAGAGCGUGAAGAACUGUGGAAAAAACUGGAGGAUUUGGAAUUAAAGAGAGGUCUUAGACGUGAUGGAAUAAUUCCAACUUAACAAAAAUACAAAACAGCAUUAUUAACCUGUGGAGUCACACAUUUAUGUAGUAGAAGAUGGAGCAACAGUUUUCUGUAUUGUGCAACUUUACAGUAGAUUUCACAUUUGUUUCAUUAUUACAACAGCACUGUAUAUACCUGUCUCUAAGUAAAGGAAAAAAAUAAGGACUUUAAUCCAAAGUUUGGACAACAGAUGGACUUCUCAGAACUUUGCAAACAUAAUCAUUGUUUUAACCCUUCUUUAAAACCAGUCUUCAAAGAUCUGUUGAUGAAAAUUGCAAUGUCAGAUUCCAUUGUCAGGACCUGUUCCUUAUUUAUCGUUAGCAGAGAGUAUAAUACAACUUUCAAAUGUGAACAAUCUUAAAAUUUAGCUUGUCUUUCUGCUAAACUGUUACGUGUAUUUAUAGUAAAAGAGAAAAAAAGACUGUCAUUUCCUUAUGAGUUUGUGUAACAUCCUCCUUCUCUGGAUAACUUUACUGUAAUUUGACUUUCUUUUCUUUUUGCAUAUCUUCAUAAGUUGAAUGUCCAUUCAGAUCAGGGCCAUGAAAAACAUUGGUCCUGAAUAAAAGUUUUGUUUACUGGUGUGAGCAUUUUUUUAGUACCAGGCUGUCUCUGGUGCUUCCUUAAUUUGAACAUUAGGAAUUAAAAAACGAGUAGGUGAUAAACAUAGUAGGAAAGGGAGCUUUGGAUUCGUGCACCUAUUUAUUGCAAAUCCAAAUUAGUGUCCACAAUCCAUGGAAAAAAAAAAAAAAAAAGGGCAGUGGUAACACCCUGGACUUCAGUACCUAACCAGUAUUAGUGAUGCAGCAUUGGACACAUAAACCAGAGUUGAUUUAGAUACACCAAUUGCUAAAUUAUUACAGUAUGUUCUUAUUGGACCAUUCUGAAAAAGUAAAGACACAUGCUAAACAACACAAGCAUGAAAUUGAUAUCCAGUGGUCAUGGAUCUAAUUGGAAAUUGAGUUGAGAUAGCAGUUUGGACAGUUUGGAGUUGUUGCCUUACUUUUUAAUAUGUAUUUAUAAAGUGUUCCAGCAAAAGAGGAUGUAGCCUCUAAGAAACAUACUCUAGUGUUUUUGUGGUUCUAGUACUAUUACUCAUCACAGUACCAGCCCUAUGAUCUUAGCUGGAAAGGAUUCUGGAUAAUACACUUCUGCAUUCUCAUCUGGAUGCUCAUUCCUAACUACUGUAUUUGUUACCAAAAGUGGUUCUACAAAUGCUACUGAAAAAAAAAUUCUGGAAAUCCUAAUGUUCUGAGUAUUAAUAAUAAAGUUUAAAAUGCUUUUAUAUCAAAGGUGCAUUGUGACCAAAUUGUUUAAAACAAAAGAGGAAAAAAAAAUACAAAAACAAAGAAGAGGGCUGUAUUAUAAGUAUACAUUAUUGGCUAUCUGCUUUGUAUUUGAAAGUGGAAUCUUACAUCUUUGGUAGGUAAAAUGCUGAUAAGACUUCUGUACAGUAUAUAUUUAGCUAAUGCAGUUGCAUUAUUCUAUACCGGAAGGUAUGUGUUUCAGGAUUUUUCUCCAGGAUGCUUUUGAACUGUUAUAGACAUAUGACAACAGUGAAUUGAUAAUCCUAAACCAUCAAUCCAGCAGUAUUUACAGUAUAAAAAUGAAUUGGUGUUCAUGAGUCUUUGUGAUAGUUGCAAACAUGAAUUUAUGACCUGUUGCCAUUGAUAGAAAUACAGUAUAAAUACAAGCUUGUAUAUUUUUCUUCCUACCUUUAAAUAUACAGUAGGAUUUGAAGUUUUCUUGUUUUCAGGCACGGAAAAAAAAAAAGUAAAAAAGAAUUCCCUCCUAGACUACUGACUGUUUCAGGAUUAUCAGGUCACAGUUUGUACUCCUGGGUCUGCACACACUAAUGUUGUAAACUCAAGGCUUUGUAAGAACUUGACACUGUUAAUUCUGGAAAGAAAAAAAAAGUGGAACUAGUCAUAUGCAACACCAAACACAACAUGAUUUAAUGGGAUUACUAUGAGCUUCUUUUAAGAACAUUGACUGGGACUCAAUGUAAAUUAGGCAGUUACUGUCAUAGUUGAAACAUUUUAUUUUAAAGUGCUGAAGCAAAGGUGCAAGCUGAAAUACUGAAGAUUAAAUAAAUUUAUAACAAAUCAUGUCCCUUAGCCCAUUGAUUUUGACAGUCUUUUAUUUCUGUUACCAAGAAAGCAAACUUGCUAGUGUGAUUUCUGUGUGAAAUGAUCAUUUCACAGUACAAGAGGGUGGACUCAAACUCAUGCUCAAAGACUAUGUUCCAUUGUGAAAAACUGAGAAAGAACGGAGGAAUAAAACUUGAUGUUCUUCACCUGGUGGAGUAAAACACAACAAUGUGAAAUUAGAAAAAGCACCUUGUCCUGUACUUAGAGUUUAGGUGAGUGUUGUUUGUUCAUAACUCUUUUUGGUUUUGCCAUGUCAUUCUACUCUUGAUCAUACAAAACUGACCAGACCCUGGUGGGUUGCAAUAUUUUGUGGCCUCUUCCGCGGGGACAGCGGGGAGUGUCUGACGUUCCUAGAUGAUUUGUCACUUCUGAGAAGGAAUGUUCCUUCAAGGAGGAGGAGGUGAUGGGCUGUUGCAUGAAGUCUCUUGACUCUAAAGGCUGGGUGAAGCACCUGAAGAUGCACCUGCAGCCAGGACCCCGCGUGUGUCGCAGCCCCAGCGCCGUGCCCGGCCCCGCAGGGCUGGAGCUGCAGCAGGAGGAAGAGGAAGGCAGCCCGUGGGCCCGAGUGUGAUCAGUGCAUCAUAAAUUACACUUCUGUUUGUUUGCUUCUUGAGUUCCACAAACCACCUUGGUUGGUGUCAGUGUUGUUGUUGGCUGCUCGUGCGGCAGCGUGGGGUGGUCCUGUGUGUCCUGGGCCACAUUGGUCUCAGGGGAAGGGUUGGGCACUGCUGCUCACAGGAAGGAGCUGCGGGGGCAUUGGGGCGUGGGGAUGUAACAACUGUGCAAGUAAAGUUCCUCUCGUACACUCUGAAUUGACCACAUGUUGCUUUCUUCAUCUUGCACGUCUCCCGUACUGUUUUCCUUUCGUUGCUUUUGAGUGUUUUUUGUCUCUCUUCCAAAGGUUGGAAUGCUUUAAAUAAAGGUAUUCUAAUGCCAUUGGAGCGUUUUGCUAGCAGGGUUAUAGUAAAUUUAAUCUUGGUUUUGUUAGCGUAAGUAAAAACGUUUAAUUUAUUUUUUUUUAUCUGUUCUCAUAUAUGGAAAAAUCGAGGGUGUUGGAGCCAAGAAUUGCUUGAGUAAGAAAUGCAGCAGCUGUACUUGCAUUAUACGUGCGUAAGUGCAGCCUUAGGCUCUCUCACUUGAUGGAAAAGAAAAUAUAUUAGGAGCUCUUAAAAGCUCUUUAUUGUUUUGUGAGGAGUGGGAAGGAUGAGAUUCUUCUCCCUCCAAGUAAAACUGACAUAAUUUCCUUUUAGUUCUGUCUUUGAAAACAAAGAUGCCCUUUUCUCUUAAUUGUGUGACACCACUAUCCCAAAGCAGUUGCCCUUAAAGAAAACAAGAGUGAUGAUGCUCAAGGUUGAAGAAUGUUUUUAUUUACUUACAGCUUUUUUAAUUUAACUCCUGUGCUUCCCUUAGCUGCUCUGGAGUGAGCCAUGAAUUAGUUCUUCCUAGUUGGUAUGUGCAGCAGAUUUUAUGUAGCCCAGUUUUCCAUUUUGAACUUUAUGAAACAACAUCUUGAAAGAGAAUGGAACUACUUUUGGUAGAAAACUUUUAUCCAAGUGUUGCUUCCCAUCCACAGAAGCUUGUGCUUUUUAUCACAACCUCUCUGAGUAAGAGUUUUUGUUACUUGGAUCACCUGCUGUAAAUAUGUUGUAUUCAUAACCUCAUGGAGCCAUGAGGAGUUUUCAAAUAUAAAUAGUACCAAUACAUUUCCUGUUGUCCUAUUUUUGAUUGUAGUAUAGCGAAUGACCUGUCAUGCUUUUUGUUUCAAGGUUAGCAUUAGAUUCAUAGAUCUUAAUAUUUUAGCAUUUCAUUGUUUAAGCAGGAGAGGGCAGCAAAAGUUCAUUUUUCCCCAUAGGAAUGCUCUGGUCCCAUUACUGUUUUUAAACUUAGGUGCAUCUAACUAUCUGUGGGUAGGGGGGGAAAAUGAAACUUUUUUAUAUAUAUUAAAAGGUGCAUAUGAAAAUAUAUAGACUGGUCCAACCAGACUGUGAAAAUGUCUUCUACUCUACAUCCAAGUAAUAAUAAAAAUAUCUUCCACCUCUGGAUAAAGUACAAGCAGGUCUUAAACUCUUGGAUUCAAAUGUCAUUCUUUGGAAACAGUUUACUUUCUUAAAAGUGGUAUCAAAGAAACUCAAACUCAAUGGUGCUCCCAGCUAUAAAUGUGUUAUCUUCCUCUUUUGCACAUGCUCAAGAGGCUCUGUACUGUGGGUGCAUCUAAAUAAAGAAGCAAUGAAGUGUU